GGAGACCGGAGGGCGGUCGACGCCUCUCCUUCCCUUCAGCCCCUCCCCCACGCUUCCCAAGAACAACCCUCCUCCAGUCCUCCUCCACGUCCGCGACCCCCGCUCCGUCGUCUCCAUCACCAGACCAUCGGGGCAGCAGCGGCGUUGGUGUCGCGGGCGCCGACGGGGAGGACCAGCUGGUGGAGGACAUGGCAGCCCCCUCAGGAGUGGACCGGCAGUUUGUGAUGCUACGGACCACUCUGCGCGGAAAGAUAUUCGAGUUAACAGUAAGGAAACAAAUGUCGGUCCAGUGGCGGAAGCGGUUGCCAGAACUGGCGAAGCGGCUUGAGGAGAUCUUGUAUAGAAAAUUCCCAAACAGGAAUGACUACUACAAUAUGAUGAAGGGGCCAAUUGAGCCACAAGUACUGUGUGCUGUUAAGACUUUGAAGAACCGUGUAAAUCAACAGAACCCACAAAUGACUAGGGAGACAGCAUCUUCAUCCAGCACAAUGACUGUGGAUGAGAACCAUGGUGAUCCCUGUGAGAAAUCUGCAUCCCUCCCGGCUGAUGUGCAGAACAAUGCAGAUGAGCCCGACAGGACUGAAUGACUACCUUGCUAUGAUGAAGAGAGCGACUGAAAUACAGCUAGGGUUGCCAAUAAGGCCCUCAGUACUCUUGAGUAUCCGAUACCUCCAAGCAAUAAGCACUCCCUACUUUGGUGUCAGGAGGAAGGUUGACAGAUGCAUAGUAAUAUGUUUCAUAUUUGAGGGAGAGACCAAGAGUUUUACUCUACUGUUAUCCGCUUGAGUAAUGGAGAUGAUCUGUACAAUUAAAACCAUAUCCUGAGCUCUCAUCAGCUGUGUUAACAUGUUGUCUUCCUCCUGUUUGUCUUGUCUAAA